AUGGAGGACGUUGAGUUCACCAGGUCGCAUUCCAAGUCGCCGCUUCCUGAGGCUGGCAACGACCUAGCCGACCCUCUGCGCCCCGAGAUUGACGAGGAGAACUCUACUCCAAAUCCCCCAAUAGGCGACCCAGAUCAAGACAUGGAGGUCACAGAGACACGACCGGGCGAAAUGCCCGACCAGGACGACGUCGAGGCUGGUUUGUCAGACAAUGAGUCUGUCCUUUCCGAGGCACUAGAUGACGACCAGUUGGACGAACAAUUUGGCGAUUUCGACAUCAACAACGUUGCUAUCGACGAGCGUCCAGCACAAGCCAUUGACGAGGACAACGUCAAGCAAAUUGGUGUACACAAACGAAAGCGCGCUGCAGGAGAAAACGAGGAGCCCAAGAAGAAGAAGAAGAGGGCAGAUAAGCCACGACGCAAGAAGAACAAGGACGGUGACGAUGACGGAGAUAUUGCAGAGGGCGACAGGCGGAGCAAGCGGUCUAAGAAAGGAGGCAAAGCAGCUCGAGGCGCAAGCCCAGAAGGAGAUCCAGACGAGCACCUUACUCCAGAAGAACGUCGAAAAAAGGCACUCAACGCCCAGAUCGACAGUAUAGUCAAAGGAGGCUCUAACCGUCGCCGCAAGAAGGAUGGCAUCGAUCUGGAGCAAAUGGCCGAUCAAGAGAUUGAAGAGAUGCGCCGUCGCAUGGCCGCCGCUGCCGAAGCCGACAACGAAGGCCGAAAGCGCAACGAGCCCGCUCGCCAUAAGCUCAAGCUUUUACCUGAAGUCACAGCUCUGCUCAACAAGAACACACUGAGAGAUACCAUUGUAGACCCGGAAGUAAAUCUGCUUGAGUCGGUGCGUUUCUUUUUGGAACCUCUCAGCGAUGGUAGUCUUCCCGCGUACGACAUUCAGAAGGACCUUUUUGCUUCAUUAGCAAAGUUACCCGUAAACAAGGACACGCUUGUCGCGUCAGGCAUUGGCAAAGUCAUCAUGUUCUACAUCAAAAGCAAGAAGCCCGAAUUGACAAUCAAGCGACAGGCCGAGCGCCUCUUUACAGACUGGACACGUCCCAUUCUCAGGCGGACAGACGACUACCGCAAGAAGGAGUUUGCCCAGGCUGACUACGACCCAACUCAAACGAGAAACUCCGAGAAACCCAUUAACACCCAAGAAGCCGCCAGGGCAGCGACCAGGAAGAAGGCGCUCGAAGCUCCUCGUGCUUUCCAACGCGCUCGCAUGGAGUCUGGUCCCACCACCUACACUAUCGCGCCCAAGAGCAACGUUGUAUUCAACGAGAACGCACGAAAUCGCUCGAGCAACGUGGAUAUCAUGAAGCAGAUUCGUGGUGGUCGUGGUGGUGCCAGGCGUUAA